AUCAGUUCUGCUGUACUCUGACCAGUUGAUCUAUUUCAACAGUGGUUUUUACAGCAUCCUGGUCUUGGCAGCGCUCAACCUUGGUCUUAUGUGUCUCUACUCUGUUACUCGUCUCCAGUCUAAAAGAAAUUUUCGUUUACCGGUCCCAUCAUGGGAUAGCCUCAAAACGAUUUUUCACAGUGACGGCGAAUCUCUAAGUGCGGCGCCUUCGCGUGAGCUCUCUGGGAUCAAGAACGUGUGCGUCACUCCCGACCAAGAAGCGUACAACAGCGAUUCAGGUUUGCUUGCUACACAACAAGACAUCUUGCGAGCUCCCAACAAACACACCUUACACGAGGAUCUGGACAGUCCCGAAAUUAUGGAUGCAGUCUCACACCUAUACAAUAGUCGAUGUGUACUGCCACAUAAGACGUCUAACGAUGAUGGCGAUACCGAACGCACACUGAGUCAAGAGUCUCGGUCCUGGCAUGAUCCGGCGUCCCUGGACGUCUCACCUUCCCCCGAAUCGUCGAACUCUGCGGGAGUUAUCCACAAUGCUGAGCCCGAGGACCCAUGUCAAGCCCUACGCCCGGUGCACCUCGCUCGCAACUCCCCGCCACUGCCUGAGGCUGUAUCCCAUGAAAAAACAAGAACGUACAAUUCGCAUCGACCAGGUCGCAAGCCUGGUGGUGAACCUCAUGAUGGCAACCUCCAAAUGACUAUACCUGCAACGCCCAAUCAUGACGGGCAUCUUUCUGUCUCGAGUAUUCAAGCUUCUUUUUUGUCGAGGAUCCCUCAAAAGCGAAGCUGGUCUCACACGGCUGUGAUCGGUCCUGAUCUUGAGGAAGACGGUGAUUCAAGUCUUGAGGAUGGGUCUUUCGGCAGCGAGUCUCCAGGGGAUCAAUUAGCUCUCGAAUUAUCUUUACCGCGAUCCAUCAACAAGAACGAGAAUCGCGUUACAUCCCGUCUUUCACCAUCAACAUCUAGACGCGAAAAUAUACUAGACUGUGGUUCUCUUUGUCAUUCGGAACCUACAGCUACGCCAUUCGAAAUGCGCCACCGGAGUGCCAGCACUCCGGUCCCUUCCAGCAGAGGUAGUCAGCAUUCAUCAAACGGACUUGUCGUCACCGAGGUUGAACGGGACGACAGUCCGUCAAGUGGAUCAGAACGUCAAUUCGACGGACCAGAUUCGUUCUGGGAAGCGGCUGUGCAAGAGAGAUUGAGAGUCACCGCCACCUUUACGACUUUAGAGCCGCUCAAACCGAAGAGUGCAGGAACUACGCUGGUUGACCUGUCUCAAACCACCGCCACUGAUGGCGACCACCCCGACAGGAACAUUUCCACCGAGUCUGCAGCUUGUUCGCCCCCCUGGUCUAUUGUUACGCGAAAGGCACCGUGCGCCCACAAUUCCGGUGAGACGCAAGAUCAGGCCCAUGACGAUGAUCUCGCACUAAAGGCGGGGGCGCCGGGUUGGCUUCCAAUCAAGCCGACGGCUUCCCUGGAUUGACCCUACGUUCGGGUGCUUAUGCGAAGUAUGUUCCCCCGCAACGGCGUGUGGCCGGCGAGCUCGUGUACACUGUCUCACAGCGGACGAAGCCCACGCCGCGUCAUUCGGAGCGCGUAAGAUUCGGAUUUCCAUCGCCUAUGCUGGAGACAAGCUCUCGUUCGUCUACCCUGUCUCCUUGGAGUCCGUUCGCACCCCACGAAUUUCUCUCUUCU